GGCCCCGUGCGCUCGGCCCACCCCGCGAGCCAGCAGCCGAGGCGCGCCGGCAUCGUGGCCGGCAGCACGGUCGCGUACGCGGCGAAGGGCAUCAGCAAUGAGCGCAGCCAGGACGGCGGCGACUCCUCGGGCCAGACUUCGCCUCGUUCCUCUGGCUCGUGCAGCAGCCUGGCUGGCAGCUUCCCUGGCCGGUUGGGGGCUGCCAUCGCUUGCCCCGAGGCAGCCGCCCCAGAGGGCUUCUCCAGCCUGGGCGCCAGGCUGCACGAGCUGGGCCGCUGCACGCCGUGCAAGUUCCUCCGCGCCCUCCGCGGGUGCCGCCUCGGCCUGAUGUGCAAGUUGUGCCACGACCGCACAAGGAACUCUCGAGGUCUGCGGUGCGGAAGGCGGGUCGCGUCAAGGCCAUGGAGUGCCGCGCCAUGGUCGAGGAGGCGGUGGCCGCGAAGGCGGCGAUGCCCGGCGGCGUGCCCGAGACGAGCGCGCUGGACUGCCAGCAGGCAGCGGCAGCUCCUCGGCUGCUCGACAGCUUCAACUGUGCCCCUGGCCUCGGGCAGCCCGGUGUCGACGUCUGAGCCGGAGGCGGGGGCCAGCUCCAGCCACGGCAGCAGCGAAGGGCCGUCCUUCCACUGCCAGGGUUUGUCCUGUUGA